CGAGAAGCCGCUGCCGCGAGUCGCGAUUGUGCACGUCCGCGCGGCAACAGCCCUGGAAAUUUUCUCGAGUUCUCUGACCAAAUGUGAGAUCAACUAUUUGGAAAAUGACAAGAUUUCUUCCUUCAUAAAAUGGAAGAAGUGAAGAGGAUUGUUGAGGAAGGGGGGAAAAUGCCUGAAGGGCAAGCCAAAUUAGGAUAUUUCGUCUCCAAAGACCAAAAUAGAACAAACGCAGAAAAUGUUUGCGUGCUCAUCGUCCACUACAACUUUGAAAACGCCAAAAACAAAAACUUGCAUCGGAAAGGUUAUGCUCAGGACGUAAAGAACCUGGAAAGAACCUCUAGAGUGAACCGGAACUGCAAUUUUCGCAGUAUUUUGUCACCGGAAAAAGGGAAUUUGCUUCAACUUCUAGCCAAUAAAGAAGAACUAUUACGAUUAUUCGGCUCUGCAGACGUUCCCUCCGUAUUUGUGCUUUACAUUCUUUCUCACGGCUACAGAGAUGGAAUAAUCUUCACAGACCGCUACCAGAACGAACACUCAGACAACUUUGUUUUCUUCACAACAGCGGAAAUAUUCGAUUCCCUGAAAAGGCUGACUGGUUUCGAGGAAUGUCUUAUAUUAAUAAACUUUGGUCCAUGCAGAGGGGAACUGGGAGACGAGGUCUUUAACGCAAACCACAAAAAUAUCCCUUUCAAGAACGAAAAUUCUUGCCGUAUCACAUACAGUCCUUUAAUAAAGAACAUGGUUGUGUUUUUUUCAACGGUUGAAACGACCAGGGCCAAGCGAAACCAGUCAGGAACAACUUUCGCCUUCCUUACGUGCCAGGUCUUAAAUUCGCUUGAGCAGGACGAGAGUCUCAUAAAUGUCCUAACAACUAUUCAAAAUGAGAGUCACAAAUGUGUGGUCUUCGAGGGAAAAAAAUACAUUGGACAGACUCCAGAAGUGAAGUUGUUUUCCCAGGACAGAAGGUCUAUCUUCUCAAAAAGUCAUUCGCUAUACUUGGCUCCCUCGACAUCUGACGCAAUGGGCAUAAAAAAUAAAAAGAAACGCGAGUUUUACUCUUGGAAAUCGAGUUCAGGAGUCAACUUGCGACACCGCCUUGCGUUCCUAUUUUCCACAGAACCGAAUGAACAGUUGAAAGAAAUUAGAAGAGAGUUGUCCCAAAACCUAGAUUUUGAAACCAGUGAGAGGUUACUCAGUGGAAAGCCGUGGGCGUCCAUUAAUGAAGCCUCGAGGCUUUACUCCGAUAUUGGCUGCAUUUUCCUAUUUUUGCUUGGCCGACUCAGUGAAAACGAGGACACAAACGAAGUUUGCGUGCAAGUGGACAGCAGAGAAACUGCAGUAUCAGAAAUACUGCUUGAGUUCAUCGGGCCGAAAAAUGACCAGUGGAUAGGAAAUCCUAAAAUAUUAUUCCUUGUGAACCAGGAAACGAGCUCAUAUGACUACGAUAUAUCAAAAAAACCCAAAAUGGAAAUAUCAGCAACAAACCACAGUGGAUGGUUAGUCCUAGUUCUCCGCAACAAUGAUGAACUACAAAAGCUGAUCGAAAUCUUCAAGGGGCAGGAGCUGAAAAAGGAGAAAAGUCUGCAAGAACUGCUCGCAAGUCUGCUAAUUUCCGAUUCAAUAGAAAGUAGGGAUUUGAUUAACUCGACGCUCCAAUAUCUUCUUAAUUUUCCAGACUGGCCUAGGUCUUUUGUCAAACUUAACUUUUCAGUGAAAUGUUCUCAACAAUCUCAAAAAGAGAACUUCAACUUUGACAGCUUGGUGAAAGAAACAGCAAGAAAAAAACAAACUUGGAUAAUGAGUUCAGACGCAGGAACAGGAAAGACGACAAUCCUCAGGGAAAUGGCUUUUCAGCUCGGGAAACUUAAUCCAGAAGUAAAAAUUUUACGCAUUUCCCUACCGAGUAUUUCGUUCAUCUCUCUCAAGCGGAAUGUGACUGAGAUUGAAUUUCUGGCAAAAGCCACUCACAAUUCGCAAGAGGAAAUCAGCAAAAGCAUUGAAAACAAGCAAUGUGUUGUCUUUCUUGAUGGGUAUGAUGAAAUCCAUCCUGAAAAUCAAGAAAAAAUGCUGAAAGUUAUCGAUGCUUUAGAAAAGAAGCAGAUAUCCGUAUGGAUUGGAACGAGACCUCACGCAGCGGAAGCAAUCCAAAAGCGGAUAUCAAAAGCUGUUUUAGUAAAGAUUGAUCCCUUAGAUGAGGAGCAGCAAAUCGAGUUGUUUCAGCAAGAGACGGGAAAUACUAAAGGCGAUUACGAGGAAUUCAUCAAGAACUUUACAUCAAAGGACAUCUUGGAAAAUCCUUUGCACCUCUCUUUGGUUGCUAAGUACGGGGCAGAAGGAAACUUGUUUCAAAUCUACGACCAGGUUGUGCGACACAAAGUGGAAGACUCUCUGAUCAGGAAUGGAUACGACAAGAACAACAAAGUCAAAUUUCAAGAGGAAAUUGACAUAGCUUUCAAACGUCUUCAACAGAUUGCAAGUUGCCACAUCAGAGGAGUUGAACUAAUAGGUGAAAAUAUAAAAGACCUAGAAAAAUUAAACUGCUAUGGCAUUGCCUCGUUUGAGAACAACAAGAUGAUUUUCCUUCAUCAGACUUUCGCCGAAUUUCUUGCAGCUCAGCAUUUCCUUCGUAAAAUCGAGGAUUGUGACGAAUGCGAUUUCCAAACCGGUACUGAAGAUCUUGCAAAUUUCUUUUUAGGGGAAUGGCAUCUUGGGUUCCGACAUUUUGUCGAUCUUUUCUAUUCCACAGUGUUGACUGACGAGGAAAUGGUAGAAGAGCACAGAGCAUCAAUACUUCCAAUCGUGAAGGUGGACCCAGAUAAGUUCUUGGAAUGUAUUGCUCGCAAUGGCUGUGUAAAUAUUUUCAAAAUGAUUUAUCCAAUCAUCACCUUCAGUCAAAAUCUAGUGGAAAAUUGUGUUUCUUUUGCAAAGAAUUGGUCUCUUUUGGACAGUGAAGAAAAAAUUGCAAUCAUGCUGCUUGACACCGACUUAAUGAACAGUGACAUUGAAGACAAAAUAUCCUAG